AUGGCGCUCCAGGCUUACAGGCAUCUGCUGCGAUCGACCCGCAUCGCCUUCCAAGGCGACAUGAAGGUCUUGACCGCCGCCAGGUUACAGGCCCGCCAGAACUUCGAAGCCAACCGCGGAAUACCGGCCGGAAGCGAAGAAAUGGCGAAACAGAUUGCACAUGCUGAGGAGGUAGCCAAGUUUCUAAGAGAGAACGUGGUGCAGGGACAAGCGGUGGAUGAGAAAGGGGAAAGCUUCAGACUACGGAUACAUGAGCAUACCGAGCGCGGAAACAAUGAGGAUAUCAAGAAAGGAAAAGGGAAGACAUUAGCAGGAACGAGAACAAAGUGCUGUUCGGCUUGA